CCAUGCAUGGAUUUCUCCUCCCUCCUUCCCCUGCUGAUUGCAGUUAAGUGUUAGCGAGAGAAAGUGACCCAACUCACACACAGACUCUCCUCUCUCUCUCUCUCUCUCUCUACUUCUUGAUCUUGCUUGCUCGUCUCCAUCCCCACCAUUGCUGGCAAAGUUCGGGAACAUGAAGGAGAGGCGGGACGAUGAGUCGGAGGAGGUCAAGCACGAGUGCAAGCUCUGCAGCAAGAGCUUCCCUUGCGGCAGAUCCCUGGGAGGCCACAUGAAGUCCCACCUGAAGGAUUCAGCAGCUGCUGGAUACGGUUAUGGGCUCAGAAAGAACCCGAAGAAGAUGGGGUGGAGGGCAUCAGAGUUCACCGGAGGAGAUGACCCCAGUUCGGUCCCGCCGUGUUGCAGAGAAUGUGGCAGAAAGUUCGGUUCUUGGAAAGGCCUGUUCGGUCACAUGAUGAAGCGCCACCUGGUGAAUAACAGUGAUCGCUUGAAGGAGGAUGAAGAGGAGGAGGAGGGAUUCGAUUGUCUGAAUUCGCAGUUCUGGGGUAGGGAUAGCUCGAACACGGUUACGGACAGCCAGUCAUCUGACAACCAGGCUGGUUUUCCCAACCGAAAGAAGAGAUCGCAGCAGAGGAAAAGGCACAACACGACCAAAGUCCUGAACUCAUCGUCUUCAUCCGAUCAUGUGGCGGACAUCGAGCAAGAACUGGAGGAGGUUGCUGUGUGCUUAAUGAUGCUCUCCAGGGAUUUCUUCAAUGGCAGUAGCGGUACCGGUAUUAUAGAUUCGUCCAUGGUCGAUUCCUCCGAUAACAAUUCUGUUUCCGUCUUCCUUAAAGACCCAACUCGUAACGAGAAUAAAGAUUGUCAUUCACCUCCCAAGGGGUCGAACGCAAGAACAGAACUUUCUGUUUCCUGGAAUUUCAAAAACCAGUCCAAGGUGAACCAAGAAGAUAUCAUCAGCCAGUCCGGAAUUGAGAAUCCAGAGUCAGGGAAAAACUUGGAUGGCAUGGAUAAAAACCAAGUGAAGCCCUGUAAGGUUCGUUCGAGUACGAGCAAGAGGAAGUUCUCUGACGUCUCCGAUGAUUCCCGACCCAGGAAGAGCUCGUCAAAGAGGUUGCUGGCACCAGAUGGCAGUGAAGAGGGAGGCAAUGGGGAUCUAGACAAGGGGAUAAACAGCCGAUUCGAGUGCAAUACUUGCAACAAGAUUUUCCAGUCCUACCAAGCUCUUGGGGGUCACAGGGCUAGCCAUAGAAAGGCGAAGGCUGGGUCUGGUUCCAAAGACAACAGCAUCGAGACCGAACAGUCUCCUCCCGGAGAAGUAAUUACAGCCGAGGGGACUGAGAUAGAGACCGCUAAUCCAUCAUCAAAGAGGAAAAGGAAGAAGGAGGCUAAGGGAGAUGAACAUGAAUGCCCAGUCUGCCUUAGGGUGUUCCCUUCAGGGCAAGCCCUAGGGGGCCACAAGAGGUCUCAUAUGCCCGAGGCUAAGAACAGCCAGACCCGACUCCCUGCAAUCCCGAAACCAGCAGCCCAUAAAGUCCGGGACUUUCUCGAUCUCAACCUCCCCGCUCCACUCGAAGAAGAAGAAGAAGGAGGAGGAGGAGGAGGAGGGACGAAUAGUAGCAUCGUCAGCUUCAAGCCAUGGUGGGGAGGAAGAAGCCACAAGCAAGAGCCUGCGAUUGGCCUCAUAGCUAAUUGAACUAUACUCAUUCGUUCUCAAGAGAAUGUAUAGCACAAACAGGCAUACACAAGUCAAAUUUCACACAGAUUGAGAUCCAUUCAAUUCUCAUCUUUUUUGCACUUUUUUUUUUGUUAUACUGUUUUCUUUUCGAUCAACAACCUUUCCGCAAGUUCUUCAAGCUCAUUGAAUUCGGUAAAUGCGAGCAUUUGUUGUUGCUAA